AACGUCAAAAUUAGCAGCCCUUCUCAUCCCUAGAUUUUCCUCACCGACACAAUUUCAGUUAGCUUUCCCAUUGACAAAAAGAAAAAAAAAUAACACGCAAAAUGAACUCGCAACGUUUAGCGAGCAUCUGCUGGAUGCAGCACCUGCAGCGUCGUACCUUUGCCAAGAAGUCCAUCUGGGAUGCCAAGCGUUUUGAUCUCCGCCGCCUGCUGUCCAAGAAGGACGUGGCCGCCACUGAACCAGCCCCGGCCCAGGCAGAGGCGGUGUCGAUGCCGCUAGCAGAAGUAGUACCCAAGAGCAUUCAAGACCAAAAACAAAAACUGCCCAAUGUUGGAGCCUAUGUUCGCCUGAUUGCCGCCGAUGGACGUAGCCUGCGCGACGUUCUCGCCGCCAAGGUGCCCCAGGAGCAGGAACGCGUGAAGAAUUUCCGCAAGCAGCAUGGCGCCACCAAAAUGGGCGAGACCACCAUCGACAUGAUGUAUGGCGGUAUGCGUGGCAUUAAGGCUCUGGUCACAGAGACCUCAGUGCUUGAUGCCGACGAGGGUAUCCGUUUCCGCGGCCUCUCCAUUCCCGAGUGCCAGAAGGUUUUGCCCGCUGCCGAUGGCGGCACUGAACCCCUGCCCGAGGGUCUCUUCUGGCUGCUGCUCACCGGUGAGGUGCCCACCAAAUCUCAGGUGCAGCAGCUAUCCCGUGAGUGGGCCGAGCGUGCCGCUCUGCCCCAGCAUGUGGUCACCAUGCUGAACAACAUGCCGACCACCCUGCAUCCCAUGUCGCAGUUUGCUGCCGCCGUUACUGCGCUGAAUCAUGACAGCAAGUUCGCCAAGGCCUACUCGGAUGGUGUGCACAAGAGCAAGUACUGGGAAUAUGUGUACGAGGAUAGCAUGGAUCUAAUUGCCAAGCUCCCUGUGGUGGCUGCCACCAUCUAUUGCAAUACCUAUCGCGGCGGCAAGGGCUCCCGCUCGAUUGACUCCAGCCUGGAUUGGUCUGCCAACUUUGUGAAGAUGCUUGGCUACGACAAUGCCCAGUUCACCGAACUGAUGCGUCUGUACCUGACCAUCCACAGUGAUCACGAGGGUGGCAAUGUCUCUGCCCACACUGUUCAUUUGGUGGGCUCGGCCCUCAGCGAUCCUUACCUGUCCUUUGCCGCCGGCAUGAAUGGUUUGGCUGGUCCCCUGCACGGUCUGGCCAACCAGGAGGUGCUCGUUUGGCUGCGUAAACUGCAGAAGGAGGCCGGCAACAAUCCCUCGGAGGAGCAGCUUAAGGAAUACAUCUGGAAGACCCUGAAGUCGGGACAAGUGGUGCCCGGUUAUGGUCAUGCCGUGCUCCGUAAGACCGAUCCUCGCUAUACCUGCCAGCGUGAGUUCGCCCUGAAGCAUCUGCCCGACGAUGAGCUGUUCCAGCUGGUGUCCAAGAUCUACAAGGUGGUGCCACCAAUUCUAACCGAAACCGGCAAGGUGAAGAACCCCUGGCCCAAUGUAGAUGCCCAUUCCGGUGUCCUGCUGCAGUACUAUGGCAUGAAGGAGAUGAACUACUACACGGUGCUGUUCGGUGUGUCCCGUGCCCUCGGCGUGUUGGCCUCCCUGGUGUGGGAUCGUGCCCUGGGUCUGCCCAUCGAGCGUCCCAAGUCCUUCUCCACCGAUCUGCUGGUCAAGAUGGUCCAGAAGUAAACGCAAUGAUGGAGCAUUGGCCGGGGAGGGGGAAGGAGGCGGAGGAUGGUGGAGAUAUCUGGAAGCUGGAACUGAAGCUGGAGAAGAGUUAAACCCCAUUUUUUGUGGCCAGCAGCGUUUGACAGAGGACGAAGGAAGCAAUUUGGAGAUGGAGCAGUAGAUUGUAAUAGACGAGAGACGAGGAAGAGAGAGAGAGAGAAAGAGCUAGGGAGAGACAGAGAGAGAGAGAGAGAGAGAACGAGAAAGAUAUUGGAUGACGACGCUGAUAUUGAGAGUUGAAACAGCAACCAAAUACGAACCAAUAGGAAAAAACAAAACAAAAACCAGAAGAAAACUGCAACAGCAAAACAAUAAGUUGGAAAUAAGGCCGAAACUUAUUUUUAGUAGUAAAAUAAUGUACGAGAACAAGCCAGAAAACCACUUAAUUAAUUGUAUAAGCUAUAUAUACGAUUGGCUAUAUAUAUUUAUAUAAAGUAGGGACAGGCAGAGAGAGAGAGAAAGAAAUAUGUUUGCGCCUAUUGUUUAUGUUCAGCAUUUUCCCCACAACUCCCCCCCCCCACUACCACUCCCACUCCCCACUCCCCUUUCACUUUUCCUCCUCUUUUUAUUUACUUUAUGUUACGUUUCCAUCUUUGCCGACCGACUAACCGACCUAACAUUAGCCCCUAAACCACCCACCCCC